AUCGGAUUUAACAGACUUGAGUUUUCACUAUCAAAGAAAGGGCUCUGCUUUGGGUUUUGAUUGUUUGCUUUUUGAAUUGGUAGGUGUUUGAACAAAUAGCCACUUGCUUUUGAAUCAGUUAGAGAGUUCACUUUUCUGCUUCAAUAGAGCUUCUUCUAAAAUUCACAAUGGGGGAACUGUCAAAGAGUAUUAUUAACAGGGAAGAGAUCUCCUCAUCAGUACUACUUAAAGACUUCCCUAGCCAUUAACCACUGUUUGAUUGAAUGUUUCUAAUCGCUUUAAUCGAGUUUCUCAGGGAAGGAGGUAUAACACGGAUCAGCACUCCUCUCAUCUGGACACCACACAAAAUAAGCAUGAGCAGGCCCGAGCAUCCUCAAAUUCUAGUAGAAAUGGUUGCAAUCUUGCUUUGUCUGAAGGAAGGAGAUUAAAGCCUCCUCUCUCCAUUACAGCUCCUGCAAGAGAAUAUGUCUCAUUGGUGGUAACUCUCCUAGUUAACAAAAGCUCUGCCCUGUCCAGAAGGUUGGUGGUAGACUUGAGCUUAUCCGACAAGACGACAGUCACUAUUCCUUUUGGCUUUUUCUGCGAAACAGUAACGGCACAAAAUAUUAUAAUAUUUUGAAACUAAAAAAAAACUAUCAUCAUCAUCAUUCAUCACUCCCAAUGGCGACGAUCGCAGAGCUCUGGAGACUUAUCAGAGAUCAUGGUGAUGAUAAAGAAGAAGUAUGGAUCACACACUAUUCAUCCAACCAUCAGAUACUUCUAGUCGGCGAAGGAGAUUUCUCAUUCUCCUGCACCUUAGCUACUCGCUUCCGCUCUGCUUCCAAUAUAUGCGCUUCCUCUCUCGACACAUACGAUGAUGUGGUGAGAAAGUAUAAGAAGGGAAGAUCAAACCUUGAUACUUUGAAGAGACUUGGAGCUUCCCUCUUACAUGGAGUUGAUGCAACCAAACUCCAACUACAUCCUCAUCUUAACUGCAGAAAAUUUGAUCGUAUCAUCUUCAACUUCCCCCACGCCGGUUUCCACGGCAAGGAGACUGACUCCUCUCUUAUAAAGAAGCACAGAGAACUGGUGUUUGGAUUUCUCCAUGGUGCAAGCCAUAUGGUCAGGGCUGAUGGAGAAGUUCAUGUCUCUCACAAGAACAAACCGCCUUUUUGUCACUGGAAGCUCGAGGAGCUCGCUAGCAAAUGCUCUCUUGCGUUGACACAGUGUGUGGCGUUCGAGAAGAGCGAGUACCCUGGUUACGAGAAUAAGAGAGGAGAUGGGUCUAGAUGUGAUAUGCCUUUCCUUCUGGGAGAAUGCACUACUUUCAAGUUCAGAGUCUCUCGCGUGGCUAAGGAGAUUUAUGCUGAGAAGCUGAAAGGGAGAGAGAUGAAGGAACGUGAAUCAAAAUGUCCCCAAGCACAACAAAAACAGUUACUUAGCCAAAGACCAGCGCUUUCUUUUGGUCUCAGCUAUCACCAAGACCAUAACCUUAGGCAAGUGCAUGAUCCUUUGGCUCAAUCAAGACAACUGAGAACAUCUCCAUUGGAUCCUCGUGGUGAUUGCCGAGAACAUAGAUGUUCACAUUUUGAAGAAGCUAUUGUUAGCUCAAUUCGAGCUGCAACUCAAAGACCAGCAAUCUUUAACCAUGCCCGGUUUCAAGAAAACUCAAUACAGCUGGACCACCCGCUCAGAUACAGUGAAAGAAGCUCUCAUGACUUUCCUUUUCAACCUAGUCACCAACAUUGUAAAGAAGAACGAUUCUUCCUUGAAUGCUCAAGCCGAUUCGAGGGAGUUCCGCUUGAUAUUUAUAUCAGGAGAAUGCAGAGUACGUUAACACAGACGAGCUUUGGUCGUCUGUCCACUGAAGAAUCACAAGAAGGAAGCUUGACUAGGCAAAGCAACCUCAACAUCUACCAACCUCCACGGCUCUGGUGACGACUGAACUUCUUUGAUGGAGGAGACAAACAAGGUGGCUGAAGCUUAGAGUCACUAAAAAUCGCUUAAGAAUUGUAGUUGGCUAUAACUACUGACAAGUACAACUCAAAACCGCAAUGAUCUCAGUCUGGAGAUAUUAUAUUUAAUUUUUGUGUGUGUGAUCUCAGUAUCUAUAAGUUGUUUUGGAGAAUGUUGUAGUGGAAAUGGUGCUGCGAGUCUUGCAACGUGCUUUGUCUUAAAGAGAUUUUUGCAGCGCCUUGUCUUUUUAAAGCUAAAGAAACAUAGGAGGUAGGAUAUCAUAAUGAAGGGAUAAGAGAAAAGGGGAGGAGCAAUUCAUAAUAAAUUGGAAAUUGAAGGAUUACAAACUUAUUGAAGUCAACAUCGUUGGGUCUUCCUCUCCACUCGCCUUUUCUUAUCUAUGGACUCAUUAAGCUUGACGUCAGAUUUUACAGAGUGCUCGAAGCCCUUCCACCGCUUCCAGACUCCCUUUUUAUCUAUAAAUGCAGACUACUGUCAAUACCUAGAGUCAGAGAGAAUCGACUCUUGUUUUCAAAAUCCAAAUAUUUGCCUAAACUUUGCUGAGCCUGAAUCAAAAUGCGAAAGAGCUCAUCCACACAUCCCUCACCAAGCUGCUUCAGAUUAUGAAGCUGGUGACGGUGAUACUGAUGUGGUUGAGGAGGAUAUAAAGGAUGAUGUAGAUAAAACUCAACAAGGAGAAGAAUCUAGACGUGAUGAUGAUGAAGAGACAACGAGUGAGGUUCAGCCCUUCCCUAGGUAUAUGAAAUUGUCAUGUUGUUAUAUUUUGUAAUUCUGUGCAAUGUAAUUUUCCAAGAAGACAAGAUCAAUCUGAACACCCCAUGGACAAGAUCAAUCUGGGGUUUAUUAAGGUUCCAAGAGACUAACUGGACUUUACCAGUAAUAGCAAAGUUGCGUUUCUAAGAACAA